AUGGGGAAUCAUGGAGAGAACGGUAGUAACGGGGAGGUGGCGAGAAAGGAGAAGGAGGCGGACGCUUUGAAGUGGAAGGAGGCGGAAGCAAGCAGUGAGUGGGUGAUGGAGAGCAUGCGGAGAGGGAUAGACUGUUACGGCGUCACAACUGGCUUUGGUGCAACCUCACACCGGAGAACUACCCAAGCUGUUGCCCUUCAAACUGAGCUCAUUAGGUUUCUGAAUGCUGGAAUAUUUGGGAAUGGCAAAGAAUCAUGUCAUACUCUGCCACAAAGUGCAACAAGGGCUGCAAUGCUUGUUCGAAUCAACACACUCCUUCAAGGCUACUCUGGCAUUAGAUAUGAGAUUCUAGAAGCCAUUGCAAAGCUCCUCAACAAUAACAUCACACCAGUAGUGCCAUUGCGUGGCUCAAUUUCCGCCUCCGGAGACUUGGUUCCGUUUUCAUACAUAGCAGGACUACUCACAGGAAGGCCUAAUUCGAAGGCCUUCGGUCCAAAUGGCGAUACACUCACGGCCGAACAAGCCUUCAAUCUAGCCGGCAUUGGUAGCGAAUUCUUCGAGUUGCAGCCUAAGGAGGGUCUUGCACUUGUCAAUGGAACUGGUGUUGGUGCUGGUUUGGCUUCAAUAGUCUUAUUUGAGGCCAACAUCUUAACCAUCUUAUCCGAAAUCAUGUCUGCGAUUUUCGCAGAAGUGAUGCAGGGUAGGCCAGAGUUUACAGAUCAUUUGACUCACAAAUUGAAGCAUCACCCUGGUCAGAUUGAAGCAGCAGCACUCAUGGAACAUAUCUUGAAUGGAAGUGCUUAUGUUAAAUCAGCACAGAAAUUGCAUGACAUUGAGCCUUUUCAAAAGCCAAAGCAAGAUAGAUAUGCUCUUAGGACUUCGCCGCAGUGGUUAGGACCACAAAUUGAAGUGAUUCGUUUGUCAACCAAGUCCAUUGAAAGAGAGAUCAACUCUGUGAAUGACAAUCCCUUGAUCGAUGUUUCAAGGAACAAGGCUUUGCAUGGUGGCAAUUUUCAAGGUACACCGGUUGGUGUUUCAAUGGACAAUACAAGGUUAGCACUGGCUGCAAUUGGAAAACUCAUCUUUGCACAAAUGUCUGAGUUGGUCAAUGAGUUCUAUAACAAUGGUUUACCUUCAAAUCUCUCUGGGGGGCAAUGUCCUAGCUUGGAUUAUGGAUUCAAGGGUGCUGAGAUAGCCAUGGCUGCAUAUUGUUCUGAGCUUCAGUAUCUGGCAAACCCAGUGACAAAUCAUGUGCAAAGUGCGGAACAACACAACCAGGAUGUGAAUUCAUUGGGGCUGAUCUCAGCUAGGAAAACAGCUGAAGCUGUUGAGAUAUUAAAGCUCAUGUUUUCAACCUACUUGGUUGCUCUAUGUCAGGCUAUAGAUUUGAGGCAUUUGGAGGAUAAUAUGAAGAUCACAGUUAAGAACACAGUGAGCAGAGUAGCUAAGAAAGUCCUCAAUCUAAGUGUCAAUGGGGAGCUUCAUCCUCAUCCUUCAAAAUCUUGUGAGAAAGAUUUGCUCAAAGUGGUUGAUUGCGAGCAUGUCUUCACCUAUAUUGAUGACCCCUGUAAUCCUGCAUACCCUUUGAUGCAGAAACUGAGGCUAGUGCUUGUGGAACAUGCAUUGAUGAGGAGUAGCAAUGGCUUGAAAAGCACGAGCGCGACCAUCUUUGCAAAGAUUGGCGCUUUUGAGGAGGAACUCAAGAAGGUGCUGCCCAAAGAAGUUGAGGCUACAAGGGAUGCUUUUGAGGAAGGGAAUGCAGUAACUCCUAACAAAAUUAAGCAGUGCAGAUCCUAUCCAAUCUACAAGUUUGUGAGGGAGGAACUGGGAACAGAGUUUCUAACUGGAGAGAAGAUUAAAUCCCCUGGUGAAGAUUUUGAUAAAGUUUUCAAUGCAAUUAACCAGGGUAAGAUAAUAGACCCAAUCUUUGAAUGUCUCAAGGACUGGGAUUGCACUCCUCUUCCCAUAUGUUGGAGCUCCUGAUAGGCCUUACAAGAAGUAGCUCAAUGUUUAUUAGUUUGAUGAUUACCAUGAUUUUCCUUGGAGAUUAGUAUGGUAUGCAUAACCGUUUCCUUUAGUAGUUAUACUGAGAAUUUUAUUGUAAUGUAUUUUAAUAUAGAAUUUUAAGGUGGAAAUGAUUGUCCACAAUAAAUGAU